AUGACAUCUGUAUUCCAUUAUCUCGGUUCCCCCAUUACGUUUCUAAAUUCCACUCCGGCAACAGUAAAAUCGAUGUAUCCUUACGAUUUCAUUUGGUUCCAUCGCCCCGGUAAUAAGUUUCAUAGCCCUUCUUCUACGCUGGAGCCAAUGACCAGAUAUGUCGAAGUUAUUGAUGAUGACGGGUUUCAGGUAGUCUUUUUGAGCCCAGAGCUAAAGGGAUUUGCAAAUUUUGAGUCCUUGAAGCUAAAAUUUUCUACUGAAAUGAUGAAGAACAAUGGAUGAAUUUCCUUAACGAUGAGUCAGACCUUAUUAUUUCAGUAGAUGUUUUUCUUCUCUUCUUUUUUUAUCGCUAUGAUGUGAAGCAUUUUGGGUGAUGAAUUCAUAUGGAAAUUUUUUAUUGAGAAAGACUUUGAUGAUGUUCAUAACAUCUUCGAUAAAUUGCCUCAUAGAAUUUUCUUUCAUUGGAAUGUACUUAUUUGUUGUAAUCUGAUUUGUAAAGAGGAAAUCCACAUCUUUGUCCUGGAGAACUACAUGCUCUGAAACUAUUUAUCUCAAUGGCCCUCAGCAAGAUCUACAUAUACUAGGUCCAUAUGAUGAUUCAGUUUCUAACAAGAUCAGAUAUGAUGGAAUUCUCUAUGGUGGCAAAUAAAUGAGAUUGUUACAAAUUUUUGAUCUUUUUACCAUGGAUAGAUGGAUUUGGCAAGCCUCUAGAAAGAACAUUCCAGGUUUAAGAAAUUUCUUACUUGACUUCUAGAUCUAUUUUUCUUAGGAAAUUUCUAAUCGGAUAUUGCGUUCUUCACAUACAAAAUGUUCAUCAGGGAUAUAAAAUUAAAAGUUUGGUGUGUUUUUUAAAGCAUGAGUGUGGAUUAUUAAUGACUUAUUAUCUGUGUCUUCUACUCCAUUAAUUAUAUAUAUAUAUAUAUAUAUAUAUAUAUAUAUAUAUAUAUAUAUAUAUAU